UCCGUUCUUCACUACAAAUACGAGCUCAUAUAUCCAUUCGCCAACCAGACCAAAAAACAAAAGAACAAAAAAGAAAACAUCUCUCCUUGUUUUCUUAAUAGAAGAACACCUUUCCAUCAAACACGCAAAUAGCACCAACCAAGGUAAAAUGGCUACACCCGAUGCAGUCACCGUGCUUAAGCAUUCUUUAGUGUCACCACCGUCGUCUGCGGCGGCCACUGAAAUGUCUCUUCCUUUAACAUUCCUUGAUAUGCCGUGGUUGCACUUUUCCCCCAUCCAACGCCUCGUCCUUUAUGAGGUACCUCAGCUCUCUAGAGCCCAUUUCAUCGAGCACAUCAUUCCUAAGCUUGAACAUUCACUCUCCUUGACACUCCAACAUUUUCUUCCCCUAGCCGGGAAUUUGAUAGUUCCUUCCAAUUCAAAUUCUGGCACGCCCGAAAUUCGUUACAAAAAUGGAAGUUCACUAGCACUAAUCAUUGCCGAGUGUACCACGACUGAUUUCAAUUAUCUUACAGCAAACCAUGCACGGAAUUGUCGUGAUUUUCAUCCUUUGAUUCCUGAAUUGAAACCAUCUACGGAGGAUGAUUCCGGAUCCACAGCCAGGAUUACCCCAGUUCUUGCUCUUCAGGUUACAUUAUUUCCAGACUGUGGAAUGUCUAUUGGAAUCUCAAAUCACCACACUGUCGGAGAUGCCGGCAGCAUUUUCGGAUUUAUGAAGACGUGGGCUGCUUUGAGCUCCAAAUUUUUUGAAGAUAAUAUCGACAGAGAUGAUGCUGCGGCAACUCUAGUAAGUUAUUCUCCACCAUGUUACGAUAGGACUAUGAUCAAAGACACAAAGGGACUUGGCUCAAUUUUUUGGGACCAAGGGGUCGUCUUCUUAAAGCUUUUUCAACAUGAGAGUUCUACUGAUACUACAGCAAAACCUAUGACCAAAAAAGUUCGCAGAUCUUUUGUUAUUAGCAGAAACAAUAUCGAAAAACUAAAGAGCUUAGCCCUGCAAAAACGGCCACAAUUAGUUCAUUUAUCAUCAUUUACGGUAAUUUGUGCCCAUGUUUGGACUUGCUUGGUAAAAUGUCGUGGUCCAAGUGGAGAACAAGUGGUGAAGUGA